AAAAAGUCAACCUCCUUGGCUGAUGAAUCAUGUCAGUUUCUAAGUAUCAUUUCCUGAAACCUUUCCAGUGCUUCCCAUUUUCCCAGCUAAGUAAAAAACAACUUUUGUUUAAAUUCAGAUUUGGGUGAAAGUAGGUAAGAAUAGAAUAAUUGCAAUGAUUUGAAGUUUAUGGGAUUUUUGUGUGUAUUUGUAUGGCUUAUUGUAUACACAGAUGAAUUGUAUAUAUACACAUGUACACACAUGAAUUGUUAUAAUUCUGUCUAUAUGUUAUAUGUGAAUUUCUAUAAUUAUGUAAUUCCUAUAAGGACACUAACAUAUUGGAUAUUUCUAGGUGAUCUUAAUUGCACACCUAUUGAAAUAAACCUGUAGUUUCCAGAAGUGGAAGAAAAUUUGCUGAGACGUCAGCUGGGGAUUCUUCCUGAAGAACUCCGGAAAUGGAGACCUUCCACACAAGAUUUAGUGCCUGGACACCUUUUAGCAACAAGUCAUUAAAUACACAGCUCUUUCAGGAAAGAGUGGCUCUUAUAAGUCAUUGGUUUGACCUCUGGACUAACAAGCAACGUCAAGAAUUCUUAUUCACGAUUUUUUUAAGAUGCACUAAAUCACAGUUAAGGUUUGUCCAAGACUGGUUUUCAGAAAGGAUGCAAGUGGCCAAAGUGGAUUUCUCUACAGUGUUACCACGCUUCAUUUCUCUAUAUAUCUUUUCCUUUCUGAGUCCGAAAGAUUUGUGUGCAGCUGCCCAAGUCAGCUGGCCCUGGAAGUUUUUAACUGAACAGGAUUGCUUAUGGAUGCCCAAAUGCGUUAAGUUCGGGUGGUUUCUGCCCUAUACUCCAACAGAUAAUGAGUAUGGUGCUUGGAAGCGCCAUUACAUUGCCUGUGUGUCCCACUUAGACUGGCUGACACCUAGGGAGGCUGCUGCUACUUAUGGGACGCUGAAUGAACCCAAAACAGAAGAUGAGGAACUACUGGAGAGACAAAGAGAAAAGUGCUUGAGGAAAAGAAUUUGGGAGGAAAUUGCACUACGUAACAAGGAGUUAUUCAAAGUUAGACCCCCUUGGGUUAGUGGAACUUGCUGCUCUAGCGUGCUAAAGCCCAGAAGCCAACCACGCCUCUCCCAGACUGUAAGGGAGCGAGUGGGAUUACGUGAAGCUUUGGAGAAACAGCUUGUUUUGACAUCUUUAGAAAUCUUGCCCAAGCGCAAUAUUUCUGGAAGUCAUUCCUACCCUUUAUUAUCAAAGAAAUAUUGGCAUGGAGUUCAUAAAAAUGAUGACAGCUCUUCAUAUGCUCUCCGGCCACACUUCAUAUUAAUAUCAUCCCGGAUUCCUGCGUAUGAGAUGCUAGUGGAGAGCGUGAAGGCUGGUGUCGUUUCUGUGGUAUAUGAACACAGCAUAACCUUGGAGAGCCUGCUGUAUCUGAUAGAAAAAGCUCUGGACGGGAGGAAGGCACAGAGCAUGGGAAUAUUUAGCGAUGGAGAUAGCAGAGAAAUCAAUUUACUCCAAGGCUAUAAAAUUGGUGUUAAAAAUGUACUGAGGCCUGAAGUGAGAGAUUUCUGGGAGAAAUUAGGAAGCUAUGUGGCCACUGAAGAAGAAGGGGGUCACGUGGACUUCUUCGUGCCCCUUGGAGCAUCAGAGGCAGGAACUGAAGUUCUUUCCCAGCUGUCUCAACUAACUGGCACAUUCUUUACGGCCCCCACUGGGAUUGCAACUGGCUCUUACCAGCACAUUCUCAGUGAUUGGCUGGGAUCCCAAUGGGGAAAGGCCCCCUCUUCCAUCUACUUCUGCGAAGCAAAGCUACAGACAUGGUCCAGCUUCACAGACUUCCUAGAAGAAACCUUGAAAACAGUAAGGAAGCAGCUGUAUCCUCUCUUCAAGGAACUGCAGAAGAGCAUCAGCGGCAGGAUGAUAGGGCAGUUUAUGUUUGACACCAUGGGUAUGACCAACAUUUUGAACAACCAAGAGACUGCACAAGCUCUGGCAGAUGGAUUGAUGGAGUUGUCAAAAGACGAUUCUGAAAGAAGUGUUGUAGAAGACAAUUCUUGGGACACACAGUCCAGGCUCAGCAAAAAUGAUUUAAAUUUUGAAGCACUGAUUAAUCUGGAGAGAAUACUCCAGAAGGAUUCAGCAGAAAAGCGAACUAGAGUUGUCAGGGAACUCUUACAGAGUGAGAGAAAAUACGUGCAGAUGCUUGAAAUUGUGAGAGAUGUUUAUUUCGCACCACUGAAAGCAGCACUGUCAUCAAACAGAGCAAUUCUGAGUGCUGCCAAUAUCCAGAUCCUUUUCUCUGAUAUUCUACAGAUUUUAAGUCUGAACAGGCAGUUUCUAGAUAACCUGAGAGACAGACUGCAGGAAUGGGGCCCAGCUCACUGUGUGGGAGAAAUAGUCACGAAGUUUGGAAGCCAGUUGAACACAUACACCAAUUUCUUCAACAAUUACCCUGUCAUUCUGAAAACUAUUGAGAAGUGCAGAGAAAUGAUACCAGCAUUCCGAACUUUCCUGAAGAGGCAUGAUAAGACCGUUGUUACCAAAAUGCUGAGCCUGCCGGAGCUGCUGUUGUACCCAUCCCGAAGAUUUGAAGAAUACCUUAAUCUUCUCUACGCUGUCAGGCUUCAUACCCCUGCAGAGCAUGUUGACCGUGGGGACUUGACCACUGCAAUUGACCAAAUCAAAAAAUAUAAAGGUUAUAUAGAUCAGAUGAAGCAAAACAUCAAUAUGAAGGAUCAUCUGUCAGAUAUACAGAGAAUCAUCUCGGGAUGCCCUAGUCUAUCAGAAGUAAACAGAUAUCUAAUUAGGGUACAAGAUGUAGCCCAACUUCAUUGCUGUGAUGAAGAAAUAAGUUUCUCUUUAAGGCUCUAUGAACACAUCCAUGAUCUCAGCCUUUUCCUCUUCAAUGAUGCACUGCUCGUUUCUAGUCGGGGCACAUCUCAUACUCCAUUUGAGAGGACUUCAAAAACAACCUACCAGUUCAUUACAUCAGUGGUCCUUCAUCGGUUACUCAUAGAAAAUAUUCCAGAUUCCAAGUAUGUCAAGAAUGCAUUUAUUCUUCAAGGUCCAAAAUAUAAAUGGAUUUGUGCUACAGAAGUAGAGGAUGAAAAGUUCCUAUGGCUGUCAGUACUUAGAAAUGCAAUCAAAAGCAGUAUGGAGAAGUGAGACCGAACUUGAAAACUUCAAGGGUGCCAAUUCUCCCCAGCAAAGACAGACAACAUAUAUUUUCUGUUCCAAAAUAUCCAGUAAGAAACAGAGUAACUGUCAUGGAUGAUGAGAUAAACUAAGAUGACCCACAGGAUCUUUCCAACUUUUAAACUUUAUCAUUUGUGCUCACUUAUGUAGAAUGUGUAAGUACAUUUUGAGUUCAAAAUUUUCAAUUACUUCUUUUGGUAGCUAUAUUUCAUGGAUAAUAUUAUUUGGAGUAAUGUGAUGUGAUGAAACCUAAGACAGAGCAGGCACAUUGUGUAAAGCUUUGUUUUAUGAUCUAAUGAAAAAAGCAGAAUGAAAGUUUUCUUAAGUGAUCAGUCUAGAAAAAUAUUUUAAUUUGUUGGUGAUUUACCAUUUUUAACAUUUUCAUGAAACAAUUAUUGAUUUAAAAUAUGGAUAAGAGGGCUGUGCGUGGUGCCU